GGGGUCAAAGUUCAGCAGACGAAUAACGGAUUAGCAUCUUGAGUGUCUCGCCUUCUUUGGUUCUACAACCGUUUUCAUUAUUGCUAGCUAAAUGCAUGGAAGCUAGCUACGUUAGCUCUACCUUGUAAAGUGGUGACAGAGGUGACUAGCGUGCCAAGGAUCUGGGAAAUAUUACCCUGUUUUGUUGGCCCUCCUUACCGCAAACAUUUGUAAACUGGUAGCGAUACACUGCUCUCAACUCAGAGGGACAAUUUCAUCACAGGGACCAUGGAGGAACGCUUUAGCUAAAGGUGGCUAACGUUAGUCCCGCUUUCAGUUUCAGUGUUUCUUCAGCUGCUGGUUCCGUCAUGAAAAACUAAGCAGCUGUCAACCAUCCUGACGAUUCAUCUGCCUGCCCAAACCUUGGUGGCCAAGGUCAAGCGGCUACAUCCACGGGCAAUGUGAAAUUACACCAUGUUAAAUGGGAUGCAAGGUCUGCUGUAGAGGAUAUCUUAUUUGUCUUCAGGAAAACUAUUUGAAACGUUUGUAGCUUAAACGGGUGCAUCAAUGAACGAGGAACCACGUGAGAGCCUUGUACCCGGCAGAGAGCCUGUGGAAAAAUAUGUGGUACAAAGCACAGAGAAGAGCAGCAGCGAAGCAGAAAACCCCGCUGAGGUAGCACCAACACAGGAGCCUUUGGCAUCCUCAGGCAGUCUCGAAACAAAGGGAAACUCCAGCCCAGAUCCUGUAAAGGAAACUCCAGGAGAUGAAACGGAGGAGGCUAAGGCCGCUGGUGGGGAGCCUCCUGUUGACUGGUUCGAGCCACUGGAGGAUGAUGAUGAUAGCUUUGGUAGGCACGAUCCAGAGGAAGAAAGCCUGGCAGGAGAAAGUGAAAGGAGUGAGAGUGUGGCAGACAGCGAGAAGACCUUCAGAAGGAUUUAUCAGCUUCAGCUUCCCCGCCGUAAGCGAUCACAUCCAGAUGAAGGAUGGGAUGACUGGCCAGUACUUGGAGAGGGUUGGAAACGCAAAGAAGUUGUCCGGCGCUCAGGUUCUAGCAUAGGACAGAAGGAUGUCUAUUACCUGAGUCCACGUGGUGAUCGAGUGAGAAGUCGAGUAGAACUGAUUUCAGUGCUGGAGGGAAUGUUUGACUUGUCAACCUUUGAAUACAAGUCAGGAAAGUUCCUAGAUGGUCAAGCACCACCCAUAAGAAUUCGAAACAGAGCAAAGAAAAAAAUCCGUGAGCGUUCUUCCUCAGAGUCCAGCUGGAUGGAGAGAGGAGAGGGGGCCGACACUCCAGACUCCUACCACAGGCUCACCCCCAGCGUGGGGCCCAAAAACCUCUACUCCAACCAGUCAAGUUUCUCCUUGUACAGUACAAUAGGAACUCCAAACGAAGGCUCUCGCAAUGAGAAUCCACCAGCGGAAGAUAAAAUUAAACUUCCCCUUCCCUCAUCAUCCAGAGCACUUCCACUUCCCUCCGUAAAUGGAGAAAUUGGGUCCGAAGACAGCACACUGGUCUGUGCCAGAUGUGGUAUUUCCUUCACAGGCACAUGGUAUGACAAACAAAGGAAGAGGCCCUGCUGUCCCAGCUGUUGGGCAGCCUCAAAGACAAAAGAGCAUCCGAUGGUUCGUUUCAGAAAGUGGAUUCCUUGUGGACAGUGUGUGGGAUGCCACAACACAGUGAACUGUGGGCAGUGUGCCAACUGCAAGCAUGGACAGCAGAGCAAAGAGUCCCGGAAACGCCUAUGCCGGAAACGCAAAUGUAUAUGUCCUAUUCGCAAGGACCCUGGAAGUGGAGCCUUCCUGCUGCAGAGGCCUUAUAAUGACAUUCCAGAAACGUUUGACGACAGCAUGAGUUUCCAGAGUGAAGUUACAGACUCGCAGCACCCGAGUCUCAAAAGCAGCGACACCGAGAACUUCUCCGUCAACGUGGACGUUGAUGAUGAGGAUGACAUGUCAACUGACGAUGAUGAUGAUCAGUGGCAAACCGAGUUUUCCAGGGCCAGGUGUUUAGUUCUUGACAGGUGGCAUAAGAAGCGGAAGCGAAGGUCCUGUGGAGAAUGCAAAGCCUGUCUCUGCAGGAAAGACUGUGGCACAUGUGAUUUCUGUAUAGACAAACCAAAGUUUGGAGGCAGCAACAAGAAGAGGCAGAAGUGUCGACUACGUCAGUGUCAGAGACAGGCAAUGAGACACUUGCUGCCUUUCCAGAUGGGACAAGCUGACUAUGGGCCAGAUGGUUCAAUGCUGCCGGGCAGGCCUAGACCUCACUACACAUACAGUCGGAAGUCCGGUUUUAAGAAAAACAAAGGACCGCUAUCUGGCUUGGACUUAACUGACAAUGAAGAUGAGGACAGUAACUUCCAAGCAAUGAACUGGAGCUCUGAACCUGCCAGUGGUAGCAAACACACGUAUGAACUGAAUGUGAGAAACCAAUCAUCUAUGCAGUUGAAUUAUUUGGAUUUCAGACAGCAGAAUGGACUGACUGACAGAGUUCCUCACUUCAGCAACCACAACAACUCUGAAUUAGACCAGCUAAGCAGAUGGGAUGCAGACAAAUCACACGCAGGUAGAGAUGUUCCAAAGCAUGGUGAAGUAGAAGAGGAAGAAGAGGAAGAAGAAGAAGAGGAGUUCCCCAUGAUCACACAGAUCUUCAGUUUGGCUGAUAACCCAUCUGGGAGUGGUGCGGACAUGGAAAACCAGCUAAUGAAACUGCUACACUCUUUGCGCUCCACUGUAAUGCCAAUCCUAUGGUAUGCCAUCAUGGUGGAGGGCCCGCAGAUACAGCUCAUCCAGUGUUGUAAACAGUCCAACCUGACCGACACCAUGGUGCUGAUCGACCCAGGCUUCUGCUAUCAAGUCACCGUCCAAAAGCAGCCGCUGCUCCCCACCCACCCUCUCUACGACAACUACCCAGCCCACUUAACCUCUGUGACUGAUGUGAUCAAUCUGCUUUUGGGCCUGGAGAAGUACGUUGUUUGCCAGGGACUGCCCCCCAAAGAGCCUUUAUCUAAUACAGACCCAAUAAUACUGGGACUGAUCACAAUAUAA